AUGCCGUUAGAUACAAUAUACCUCACUCGUCAUGGUCACCGCCUCAACUGGACCAUCGACCUCCGCACCGGCACCUACAAACCUCAAUUCCCAACCCCCACCGGGAAUCCAGCCGAUCCCGCGCUGACCUCGCACGGCGUGCGCCAGUCCCAUGAGUUGGCAGCGCAUAUCGGCAGCGCGGACUUCAACCCGAAGCCGUUUCGCGUCUACUCUAGCCCGUUCUACCGGUGUCUGCAGACGAUCCAGCCUUCGGUGGAGACACUGAAGAAGCAGCACCAGGAGCGAACUGGCGGAGGAGAUGUGGCUGAGUCUGGCGGUGUUGGGUUGGUUGACCGACAUGCGGAGUUGAAUGUGAGGCUUGAAAAUGGGCUUGGAGAAUGGUUCGGUCCAACAACCUUCUUCAACCACCCCUCCCACCCAACCCCCUCAACCAUGCACACCCACUUCCCUACCCUGCUCCCCCCCUCCCCAGAAACACUCUACACACCCCUCCUCCUCCCCUCAACGCGCGGCGAAACCAUUGCCCAACUGCACAACCGCCUCGCCACCGCCCUAGCCGGGAUCAUCGCCGACAUCGACGCCGAGAUCUCUGCGCUGGAGUCGACCGUCCCUCCUGCGCAGCGGACUAGCAAAUCCAUUCUGAUCUGCUCGCAUGCUGCGCCGCUGAUUGCCGUGGGCCGUGUUUUGACGGGGCGCAUGCCGGAGGAUAGUUCUGAGGAGGACUUCAAUGUGUUUACGGCGGCAUUGAGUACGUUUCGGCGUCGACGGGUUGGUAUAACUUCUUCUUCGGAAGAGGAACAAAAUACGGGAGGGGAGCCAACUGCGAGUGCUGAUAAUGGUGAGGAGAGUCCCCUGGCCGAGGGUACGAGGCUUAUUCGUGCUACGUCCCGUGUCCCCGGGUGGCGCGGUGGACGGGGUGUUGGAGGGGGAUGGGAUUGUGUCGCGAAUGGAGAUUGCAGUUUUUUGAGUGGAGGUGCGGAGCGUGGAUGGCAUUUUAAUGGCGAGGAAUCCUUCGACACGGGUCCUAUGGCGCUGCCCUCGGAACCGCCGGCGCGCACAAUGUCGAUGUUGGAAGCUAGUCGAUCCGAUACCAAGCUAUGA